AUGGCUUCGUUCAAGGAAUUGUCUCUGUCUCGUCCUCUUCCCCAGUCUAACCCACGCCACCAUGCCCACUCCAUCUCGCUCGGUGCGGUUAACGCUAAUCAUCGGGUGACUCGCCGGAAAAGUGUCACCACUGCUGCAGCCGCCAACGCAGCCGCUGUGGCAGUCGCUGCAUCCAUGAAGGAUUCUGUUGGGGAAUCAGCGGGGGUGCCGAUGUCUUCGCAUCGUCGAGGGAGCCGAAAGGGCUUAGAGUCUAGUUCGGUCGGGGCCCCCUCCGGCUUCGGCUCUUAUUUCUCACGGAGCAUGAAUAGCCCCAGCCACGAGCCGCCGGUCGCUCGCAAGACCUCGCCCAAUCACUCGAGUGACGCGUCCUCAACAACUCUCACCGCCGUAGAUGAAAACAAGUCCGCCAACAACAAGAAUCGAAACCGUCGGGCCAGCGAGGGAUCGCACCUGGUCAAAGGCGAAGGGAAGCGCUCCAUGACAGAACUUCGCUGCGAUCGUUGUGGGAAAGGGUAUAAGCAUGGCAGUUGCUUGUCUAAGCAUAUGUGGGAACAUGACCCUGCAUGGGCUAUUACCUCGAAACUCUUGAUCUCCAAGCAUCAACAAGUUCAGCUGCUAGAGGCGGCCUCCGUUCUGGUAAACAUGAACCAGGAUGGCCCGGAGGUUGAAUCGGAGAUAUCAUCGGCCUCACCCGAUGCCUCGUCAGAACUUCGAGACGGGCUCAGCUCAGCAGAAACGACUCCGCCCCCGAUGGAUGAAGACGACGAGGAUGACGAGGACAUGUCGCCCGAGCCGACCAUAGAGAAGCGAUUUAGUGUCAGUAAUGCGUCAGGUCUCCUCUCCCAUUCUUACCAGUCCGUCCCCUCGAGCUCUUUUACCGGAAGUGCCCCAUGGGCUUCGCCAGCGUUCUCGCACUACCGUCAAUCGAGUAUCGACACGCGACCAUCGACCGCGGAAGCCAAAUUGCAUGAAGACGAUGAGGCCGAUCUCGCCGCAGCUAUCGGCCUGUGCACCUUCAACACACCUCGCACGAGACCAGUGCCGAUGUCUCCUAGCGUACCCCCCGUUCCCCCACUGCCAAGUCGCUUCCUUGACCAGGCCAGUGUGGGCGGUAAUGAGAGCCAGAGCUUGGAUCAGUCAACAACCAAGGAGACAGAUGCUACCUUUUCAACCUCUACUCCGAACCUCUUUUUUUCGCUCUCGUAUAAUCCGUCCAUGUCAUACAAGGUGUCCGACGAGCGAGAAGUGAAAAUGGGCGCCGCAGAUCGCACCACACGGCAGAAUCGCAAUGCAGACGUUGACUUCGGGCACCGGCCCACUGCGGCCGAUGAGGACGAUGAUGGCGUAUUUGGUCGGAUGGAAGAGUAA